CAGUGGGAAUGAGCGGCACCCAGGUGAGUGCCCUGUGGAGGUGCUGGGGCAGCCCGCCUGCCCAACUGGGCACACCGCUGCCGUCAACUGCUCAGGUGUCACCAAGCCCCUGAGGCUCCACGGUGGGGAAAGCCUUUGCGACGGACGGCUGGAGGUGGCCGUGCGCCCCGGUGUCUGGGCCCGUGUGUCUGUGGGGCUGUGGGACAACGGCACUGCCACCGUGGCGUGCCGGCAGCUGGGCUGCGGUGUGCCUGAGAAAAUCUAUGCUGCGCCGGACAAUGGCUUGGGCCCAAUGGAGCUGCAAGAGCUGCGCUGUGUUGGCACCGAGGAGCUCCUGGCACAGUGUAACAACUCGGGAAUGGCCAGUGAGCCUAGCAAGAUUCCUGAGGAAUUGGUCAUCGCCUGUUCAGGCAGCCGGCAGCUGAGGCUGGUGGGCGGCCCAGGGCGCUGUGCUGGCAGGGUGGAGGUGUACAGCGAGGGCACCUGGGGCACCGUCUGCCAGGACACGUGGACCCUGCAGGAUGCCACCGUCGUCUGUCGCCAGCUGGGCUGCGGAUGGGCCCUGGACGCACCUGGCUCUGAGCGCUUUGGGCCUGGCACUGGGACGCUGAGGCCGGGUGCUGGAGGCUGCUCUGGGACAGAGGAUGCUCUCUGGCACUGCCCGGCCCCAGUGCAGCCUGGCUGCCAGCGCGGCGGUGGUGCGGCUGUUGUGUGCUCAGGGCUGCUGGACCUGCGGCUGACAGGAGAAAGCAGCAGAUGCCGUGGGCGCCUGGAGGUUCUGCAUGAGGGGAUCUGGGGUCCUGUUUGCGCCAAUGGCACCAGCCCUGCCACGGCCUCUGCUGUCUGCCGUCAUCUUGGAU